AUACAGAGCGCACGAGCGCAGACUCGCGAGACACAUCCAGAGUUAUUAACCACACAACACACGAGUAUUAAACCAUCAUGCCGGCCACAGAGAAAGACCUGGCGGACGACGCGCCGUGGAAGAAGAUCCAGCAGAACACGUUCACGCGCUGGUGUAACGAGCACCUGAAGAGCGUCAACAAACGCGUCGCGGACCUGCAGCUGGACCUGAGCGACGGACUCCGACUCAUCUCUCUGCUCGAGGUGCUCAGCCAGAAGAAGAUGUACAGAAAGUACCACGCCAGACCCACCUUCAGACAGAUGAAGCUGGAGAACGUGUCCGUGGCGCUCGAGUUCCUGGACAGAGAGAAUAUAAAGCUCGUGUCCAUCGACAGUAAAGCGAUUGUGGAUGGGAACCUGAAGUUGAUCCUGGGUCUGGUCUGGACCCUCAUCCUCCAUUACUCCAUCUCUAUGCCCGUCUGGGAGGAUGAAGACGAUGAUGAAGCCAAGAAACAGACGCCCAAGCAGAGGCUGCUGGGCUGGAUCCAGAACAAAGUGGCUGACCUCCCGAUCACUAACUUCAGUCAGGACUGGAGGAACGGCCGAGCGCUGGGAGCUCUGGUGGACAGCUGCGCUCCAGGCCUGUGUCCGGACUGGGAGAUCUGGGACGGGGAGAAGCCGGUGGAAAAUGCCACGGAGGCCAUGCAGCUCGCUGAUGAUUGGCUGGGAAUCCCACAGGUGAUCGCUCCAGAGGAGAUCAUUGACCCCAGUGUGGACGAGCAGUCGGUCAUGACGUAUCUGUCUCAGUUCCCCAAAGCCAAACUGAAGCCUGGAGCUCCUCUCAAACCCAAACUCAACCCGAAGAAGGCGCGCGCGUACGGCCCAGGCAUCGAGCCGACCGGGAACCGUGUGAUGCGUCCGGCCGUGUUCACGGUGGACACCUUCAGCGCGGGUCAAGGCCAGGUCAUGGUGUAUGUUGAAGACCCAGAGGGGCGCAGAGAGGAGGUCAAACCUGUGCUCAACGAAGGCAAAAAGACCUUCAGCGUGACCUACAUCCCUCAGGUCAUCGGACCGCACAAGGUCACUGUGCUGUUCGCUGGACAGCAGAUCCCAAAGAGCCCGUUUGAGGUGGAUGUGGACAAAGCCCUGGGAGAUGCCACUAAAGUCACGGCUAAAGGACCCGGACUGGAGCCGCUGGGCAACAUCGCCAACAAACCCACCUUCUUCGACAUCUACACCGCAGGUGCAGGAGUAGGGGAUGUGACCGCCGUCAUCAAAGACCCUCUGGGUAAUAAAAACACUGUGGAGGCCAUCAUGGAAGACAAGGGCGAAAGCGUCUUCCGCUGCACCUACAAACCCAUGCAGGCCGGCCCUCACACCAUCAACAUCACAUUCGGAGGCAUCGCCAUCCCUAAGAGCCCCUUCACGGUCAACAUCAGCCCAGCGUCUGUUCCCGGAGCGUGUCGAGCCAGCGGUCGAGGUCUGCAGCCCAGAGGGGUGAGAGCACAUCAGCUGGCUGAUUUUAAGGUGGACACCCGUAACGCCGGCAGUGGAGAUCUGAAGGUCACUGUUAAAGGACCCAAAGGUCUCGAGGAGCCUGUGAAACAGAAGGAUGCUUCAGAGGGGGUUUACUCGUAUGAAUACUGUCCACAAACACCUGGCAAAUACACCGUCAGCAUCACCUGGGCCGGACAGCACAUUCCCAAGAGUCCCUUCGAGGUUCAGGUGGGCCCUGAGGCCGGACCGCAGAAGAUCCGAGCGUGGGGUCCGGGUCUGGAGGGAGGCGUUGUGGGGAAAUCUGCAGACUUUGUGGCUGAAUCCAUCGGGACUGAUGUUGGAGUCCUCGGCUUCGCCAUCGAGGGUCCGUCUCAGGCCCGGAUCGAGUGUGAGGAUCAGAACGACGGCUCGUGUAACGUGAGGUACUGGCCCACCGAAUCGGGUGAAUACGCAGUCCAUGUGAUGUGUGAUGAUGAAGACAUCGAGGACAGUCCCUUCAUGGCCUUCAUCGUCCCGGAUAACAAAGCCAACAAUCCUAACCAGGUCAGGGCUUAUGGACCAGGACUGGAGAAGUCUGGCUGUAUCAUAAACAAACCUGCAGAGUUCACCGUCGAGGCCAAAGACGCCGGAAACGGGCCGCUGAGAAUCAUCGCACAGGAUGCAGAUGGGGUCCCCAUCGAUGUGAAGGUGAAGAGCAAAGGGGAUAACGUAUAUUCCUGCUCGUACACACCGAGCGCGGCCGUCAAACACACGCUGGCCGUGACCUGGGGAGGCGUCAGUGUUCCCAACAGCCCCUUCAGGGUGAAUGUGGGAAAGGGAAGCCACCCUCACAAAGUCAAGGUGUUUGGUCCAGGAGUGGAGCGAAGCGGACUGAAGGCUCACGAACCGACGCACUUCACCGUGGACUGCACUGAAGCUGGAGAAGGUGACGUCAGUGUGGGAAUCAAGUGUGACGCUAAUGUUAUCAGCGAUGUGGAAGAGGAUGUUGAUUUUGACAUCAUUCCCAAUGCCAAUGACACCAUCACUGUCAAAUACAUUCCUCCUGGAGCGGGACGCCUCACCAUCAAAGUGCUUUUUACUGAUCAAGAAAUCCCGGUCAGUCCGUUCCGUGUUAAAGUGGAUCCCUCACAUGACGCCUCCAAAGUGAAAGCAGAGGGACCAGGACUCGCCCGAGCAGGUGUGGAGAGUGGAAAACCAACACACUUCACUGUUUACGUCAAAGGAGCGGGCAAAGCUCCUCUGGACGUGCAGUUUUCUGGACCGAAUAAAGGACAGCCCGUUCAAGACUUUGAGAUCAUUGACAACCAUGACUAUUCCCACACUGUCAAAUACACACCGGUCCAGCAGGGAGAGAUGGUGAUAACGGUGACCUACGGUGGAGACCCUAUUUCUAAAAGCCCUUUCGCCGUUGGUGUGGCGCCUCCGCUGGACCUUAGCAAGAUCCAAGUGGAAGGCCUGGAAAACCGUGUGCAAGUGGACGAGGAUCAAGAGUUUGCCAUUGGUACAAGAGGAGCAGGUGGACAGGGCAAACUUGAAGUCAAGAUGACCAGCCCCUCAGGGAAGUCCGUUCCCUGUGUGGUAGAGCCCCAAUCAGGUAAAGGAGCCAGUCUAGUGAAGUACAUCCCCAAAGAGGAGGGCAUUUACACGGUGGAGGUCGUCUACGAUGGCAAUCCCGUGCCAGGAAGCCCUUUCUCAGUUGAAGCCAUGCUGCCUCCUGAUCCCAGCAAGGUCAAAGCGUUCGGUCCAGGACUGAAAGGUGGUCUUGUAGCAAGUCCAGCUGAGUUUACCAUUGACACCAAGGGCGCUGGAACCGGUGGACUCGGUCUAACCGUCGAGGGUCCCACCGAAGCCAAAAUCGAGUGCUCUGACAACGGCGAUUGCACCUGCUCUGUGUCGUACCUCCCGACCGAACCCGGAGAGUAUCUAGUCAACAUUCUCUUCGAGGACGUCCAUAUUCCCGGCUCGCCCUUCCACGCAGACAUCCAAUACCCGUUCGAUCCCACCAAAGUGGUGGCGUCCGGCUCCGGGCUGAAACGAGGCAAAGUAGGAGAGGUCAGCGUGCUGAACGUCGACUGCACCAAAGCUGGACCGGGCCAGUUGACGCUGGAGGCCGAGCCUGACUCUGGAGCCAAAGCCAAGACUGAAGUCCUGGACAACAAGGACGGGACUUACACGGUCACCUACGUCCCGCUGACGGCCGGUAUGUACACGCUGCUGCUGAAGUACGGAGGGAAGACGGUUCCCAACUUCCCCGCCAAAGUGAGCGUGGAUCCGGCUGUCGAUACGAGCAAAGUGAAGGUGUUUGGACCAGGAGUUGCAGGAGAAGGAGUUUUCAGGGAGGCUUCGACUGACUUCACCGUGGAUGCACGAGCUCUGACCAAAGUUGGUGGGAAACACAUUAAAGCCCAUGUGAAGAACCCGUCAGGUGCUGCCACAGACUGUGUUAUUAGUGAUAAUGGCGAUGGGACUUAUAACGUGGAGUACACACCGUUUGAGAAUGGAGUCCACAGUGUGGAGGUUCUGUACGACGAGACUCCCGUCCCAAAGAGCCCGUUUCAGGUCGGGGUGGGCGAGGGCUGUGACCCCUCACGUGUGCAGGCCAAGGGCCCGGGUCUGGAAGAAGCACUGACCGACAAGCCCAACAAGUUCUCCAUCGUCACCAGAGGAGCUGGUAUCGGUGGAUUGGGAAUAACCGUUGAAGGUCCAUCGGAGUCGAAGAUGUCCUGCAAAGAUAACAAAGACGGCAGCUGUAAUGUGGAAUACACCCCGUAUGUGCCUGGUCUGUAUGACGUCAACAUCACGUAUGGAGGACAGCACAUUCCCGGAAGCCCGUUUAAGGUGCCGGUGAAGGAUGUUGUGGACUCCAGUAAAGUGAAGAUCUCUGGACCUGGUGUCGGUUCUGGAGUGAGAGCUAAAAUCCCACAAUCCUUCACUGUGGACUGCAGUAAAGCUGGUGUCGCUCCUCUCUCUGUCGCCGUGACUGGACCGAAAGGUAUAGUGGAGCCAGUUGAAGUCACAGAUAAUGGUGACGGCACACACUCCGUGUCCUACACGCCGUCUGUCGAGGGCUCGUACUCGGUGGCGGUCAAAUACGCAGAAGAGGAAGUUCCACGCAGUCCCUUCAAGCUGCGUGUUCAGCCCACUCAUGAUGCCAGUAAGGUGCGUGCCAGCGGCCCCGGGCUCACCACCGGUCUCUCGGCCAGCUUCCCGGUGGAGUUCACCAUCGACGCCAAAGACGCCGGCGAGGGCCAGCUGUCAGUGCAGAUCACUGACCAGGAUGGGAAACACAAGAAAGCCAACAUUCAGGAUAACCGCGAUGGAACCUACAGAGUGUCUUAUGUGCCGGAUAAGGUUGGCCGUUACACUAUUGUGAUCAAGUACGGCGGAGACGAGAUCCCCACUUCUCCUUAUAGAGUCAGAGCGACCGCUACAGGAGACGCCAGCAAGUGUUCAGUCACCGGACCUGGCAUCGGGCCGACCAUCGGCAUCGGAGAAGAGGUGGGCUUUGUGGUGAACACUAAAGGAGCGGGGAAGGGGAAGGUCUCCUGCGUCGUGGUGACUCCAGACGGCACUGAGGUGGAAGCUGAAGUCAUCGAGAACGAGGAUGGUACCUUCGACAUCUUCUACACUGCUCCUACACCCGGGACGUACGUGAUAUACGUGCGCUUUGGAGGGGAAAACAUCCCCAGGAGCCCCUUCAAAGUCACGGCCACAGAUGAAGUUCCCAUGAUGCAGCAGCAGUCAGUCCAACAGCAAAAGGCAGCACCAGGCGUCGGCUUCCAGCCCUGGGUCACAGAUGGGGGGUAUAAUCCUGCCAACAGCGUGAACGGGACGGGGUACAGGCCUUUCGAUAUGGUGAUCCCCUUCACCUUUAGGAAGGGGGAGAUCACAGGUGAGGUUCACAUGCCGUCAGGUAAAACCGCUCAGCCGGAGAUCAUCGACAACAAAGACGGGACGGUCACGGUCAAGUACUCGCCCACAGAAGCUGGGCUCCACGAGAUGCACAUCAAAUUCAACGGGACACACAUCCCAGAGAGUCCUCUGCAGUUCUAUGUGAACACUGCUAACAGUCCUAACGUGACGGCGUACGGCCGGGUCUGGUCUACGGGACCGCCAAUAAGACCGCCAUCUUCACCAUCUUCACCGAAGAUGCGUCUGACGGUGUGUACUGUACGAACACAUCACGCUCACACUGCCGUCUCCAAACCUUAGAAACC